GAGUUACAUGUUUGUCCAUCAAACGCUCAGGAUGUACGGCUGUAAUACACUUUUUUUCCUAGUUGCAGUUAUUAGAUUCCCUUGACUUCACAGUCAAGCAUCAACAAAUUUUUCAAUCGUAUGUAUCGCAAAAAUGAAGUCAGAAAAUGGUCUCACAAUCCCGUUCAGUUCUGAUACGCUUGUAUCAAUACUUUCUCACAAUCUAGCAGCAAAUUUAAAACCCCAUCAAAUUUUAGAGCUCAUCAAAAAGCUGUCCGUUAAUUUAACUGAUCAGCAGAAAAUAAAUUUACUCGAACAUCUCCUAGGUUUAACUUCCAUUGGACAUUUUGAAAGCUUACGCUUAGCCACGCAUCUCCAUUCAUCCUGUCAACGUAUGCCCGAUUGUUGUGACUUUGUUACUUGGUUACCAGCGGAAUUAACUUUACGAAUUUUCUCUUAUCUAUCAUGGAAAUCUUUGACAGUAUGUUCAGAAGUUAAUAAAAGUUGGCUAAAAUACGCUCGACAUCCUGAUUUAUAUCGACACUUUUGUAUGCUACCAAAAUGGUCCUCACCUAUUCUAAGAAAACCACAAUUAAUCAAUUGUAUAACAAAAUCCAAUGAAUAUAAUUAUCGUGUACAAGAGGAAAAUCUACAAAAUUCAAAUAAUUUUAUAAGCAAUCAUUUAAAUAUUAAUUGGUUAAAUGUAUUCAAGAAACGUGUGUGUCUAAGACGUAAUUUCCGUUUGGGCAAACAUAGAAUACGUAGAUUUAAUGGACAUAGUGGAGCUGUUUAUUGUAUUGAUUGCGAUGCUUAUCGUAUUGUUAGUGGAUCAGCUGACGCAACAAUACGCGUAUGGAAUAUUCGUACAAAUGCGAAAUGGUCUGUUCAAACACUUCGUGGACAUUCAGAUGCUGUUCGUUGUGUACAGUUACUAUCCUUACCUCAUUACCAAUCAAAUAAUAAUAACAAUAUCGAUGGCUAUUGUUCCUCUCCUCCUGUACAUUGUAUUCACGAGUCAAUCGCAUCAAUACCAUGUUCUUUAUGUAAAUUAGAUACAACUGUUACAUAUCCUAAUUGUUGGGAACCACCUGAAGUACUAUUAAUAUCUGGUAGUGCAGAUACUACUUUAAAAUUAUGGCGUCUUUCUGCAACAUCUAAUUGGUCACGUAUUGCAUGCACAUGUACAUUGCAAGGUCAUACUGACACUGUAAGAUGUGUACAGGCUGAUCAUGAAAAAGUUAUCAGCGGUUCAUAUGAUUGUACAAUACGGUUAUGGAGUAUAAUCAGUGGUCAAAUGAAAAGGAUAUACCGAGGCCACUCAGCUGGUAUAACGUGUUUAGUGUACAGCGGUAAUUUUUUAUAUUCUGGCUCUUUAGAUAAUACAGUUCGGAUAUGGAAUAUCUCAACUGGUGUAUGUUAUCAUACACUUAUUCGACCAAUUUAUAGAAAUAAUUUGACAGAACCAGCUGUAUUUUCUUCAUCAGUUUCGUGCUUACACUUGGAUUAUUCACAGAAUAGACUUGUUGUAGCUUAUCAUGAUGGUACAGUAUUAGCAAAACAUUUAUCAGCAUUUAAUCCAUUGAUAAAUGGUCAUAACCAUGACAUCAACCUUACAAAUACUGCUAAUAAUAAUAACAGUAGUAUAACGUGGGCAUUUUAUCCCAGUACGAUAUAUUUAGAUGAAUACUUAUAUAAAACUGAUUAUAAAUCGGGCAGUUUAAUACGAUGUUUAACUGGUGAUGCAUGGCAUAUAAUAUGUGGUUCCGAUGAUAAAUCCAUUAAGGUUUGGCAAGUAGGUGAUAAUAAAUUUGUCCAUAGUUUACAAGAACAUGAAGAUGGUGUAACAUGUGCUGUGAUAUCAGGUUCUGUAAUUAUUUCUGGUUCUUAUGAUAAAACUGUCAUACUUUAUGACUUCGAUGUAAUUUAAUCAGUAUAUACUGUUGUUAUUAUUAUUGUUGACAGUUUUACGUGUUACCAUAUCAUCUGGUCAUUGACCUCUUUUUUUGGAUUCAUUUAAUCUUUUCUAAUUUUAAUGGGUCUUUCUCGAACAAUCUUUUCUUCUUUUAUCUCACAUUUAUUCUUUGUCUCAAUGGUCACUAUAAACUGGAUAUCGUAGUUGGUAGUAGUAUUUCAUUGAUUUUAUUUUACCUUGUCACUGUAUUUUCUCCCUAUAUAUUAUGAAUUUGAGCGAUUCUCAUCCCUUCAAACUAUGUUGUUUUGAUUUAUUAAGUUUUUUUUUUCGAAAAUGUUGUUACUGACGUUUGAACUUUAAAAAGAAGAUAUUCUAUUCUUGAUAAUCUGUUACAAAAUAAACAAGCUAUCAUUUUAUUAUGUAGGACAUACUCCGAAUUUCCUUUUGUUUUGAGCAUUUUUAUAAUAUUUAUUAAUUUCACUACAUUGUUGACUUUAUUACUUAAUUUCGUGCUAUAAUUCCAAUAAGUCGAAAUACAAUACUGGCGUCGUGAUGGAACCUGCAAUGGAAAAGUUAGACAUUCAUUCAACUUCGGAAGCAUUUGAGGAUUAUUUCGAAAGGUUCGAAAUCUGGGUCAUGACCAUGGAAGAUGAUGAGGAUAUUAAUAUUGUGGCAUAUUUCCUCACAUUCAUCGGUAAAGAAGCAUACAGUUUAUUAAGAACGCUGGCUAUGCCGGAAAAACCCAUUUCGCUUCCUUAUACAACUCUCAAGGCAUUACUACUAGACCAUGUCAGGUAUGCAAAUUUUGAUUGCAGUAAAGAAGGGGAAUUUCCUAAAAUGAUUCAUCAGGACAUUAAAACUUCUACUACAUCACGUUAUCCUAAUCCAGUGCAUAUUCAAGGUUAUGCAAAUAAUUCAUUGAGGAGUUGCAGUGCGUUUCACGAAGAUGGGCACAAGUUUGGUCAGUGUUUGUCCUGUGGCAAGUUCCAUGCUUUUAAUUCAUGUAAAUUUCGUAAUUCUAAAUGCUUUAAAUGUGAUGAUAUUGGAUAUAUUCAGUCAGUCUGCAAUACUAAUGUUCAUGUUAUUGCAACUAAUAUUAAGUCUUGUAAUUCUGAUUCUACUGAGUCGAGUAUUUAUAAUGAUGAUUUAUCUUUAUCAACUAUUGCAAUAGACAGUGUAGAGUCAAAAAGCAGUUCAGAGUUAAAUGAAAUCCAGAAUCCUUGUGAGACAACAGUUCCUAAUCAACCGAUUUAUCAGAAUUCUCAUGCUAUUGUACCAGGUAUGACUUUUCCUAAUGAUUCACAUAUUUCUGAUGAAAUUUCUUACAAAUCUGAAGAAAAUAUGUUAAAUGAACCUAUUCAUUAUCAAAAACCUGAGGCAGUCGUGAUAGAUGCUAAUUUUUCUAAUGAUCCAUUGCUCUGCAAUGACAUUCUUAGUCAAUUUCAUGAAAAUAUUUCAGUAGAAUCAAAUCCUGAUGUCAUAUGUAUUACCUAUCCUCAUAAUGCAUUUGCUCCUUGUGAAAAACUUGUUCAAUGCAAAGCACGAAUACUAAAUGAGCUCGAUUUUGAUUACAUUUCUGAUGAUUUCAUAUCAACUGUUGUUCAUCCUUAUCACAAAAACACUUCUAAUGUUUACUCUAAUCAAUGUGAGAAAUAUGUUUUAAAUGAAGCUACAUUAUUCAUAACUUGGGAAUAUAAAGACCCAACAUUAUUUCGUGGGGGGGGUAUAGCGUUGAAAAAUCUAUGGUUCCAAUUCGAGAUAUGAAUCAUUUCAGUACAAAACCGAUAUGUUGAUUGUAUACAAUUCAAGGUGAGUCUGUUCCGAUUUCGUUUGUUAAUUCCCAUACUAAUGAGCACAUUCUAGAUACUAAAAAGUUUUCAUCCAGUACAAUGUCGGACAGACUCAGGAUGAACUUAACAAGAAAACAUACAACCGAUUGCAAACACUUAUACUUCUAUUUAAGCUGUGGCGGAUGUGGUGUUUGAAUUGACUAAUGAUACUUUUGUACAUGUUGAUUACACAAUUUCGAAUUCCAAAUACAGUACAUUCGUUUGUGCCU